AUGGCGUUCAACUUCAACUGGUCGCCUUUGAUGGCCGACGCGAGUUUUUACUCGCGCGCCCAAGAACUACUGACUGCUGCGCUCAAUAAAUCACCCAAACCCCCAAUCAUCGUCGAUGAUAUUAUCGUCACCGAACUCAACCUGGGCUCUAUGCCCCCAGACCUGGAGAUUCUCGAGAUCGGCGACCUUGCCGAGGAUCGCUUCCGUGGAAUCUUCAAGAUGUCUUAUUCCGGCGACGCCUUCUUGACUCUCAAGACCCGAGUCCAGGCAAAUCCUCUGAAUACCUACCUUCUGACAAGGCCUGCUUUCGCAUCGCCUCAACCUCUCGCUGCUGCUACCCCGCUCACUAUCCCUCUACAAAUUACACUGUCCGAUUUCAAGCUGUCCGGCUUCGUGAUUCUCGUCUUCUCCAAACAAAAAGGCAUUACCGUCGUCUUCCGUAAUGAUCCACUCGAGUCCCUCAAGGUUUCGUCGACAUUCGAUUCGAUCCCAUUCGUGCGCGACUUCCUCCAGAAAGAAAUCGAGGCCCAACUACGGAUAUUGUUCAUGGAUGAGUUGCCUGCUAUCAUCCAUCGCUUGUCGCUCCGUCUGUGGGUUCCGGAAUACCGCUCAGGCGACGAGGCGCAGAACGAGACCGACAACACGGAAGCGGUAUCAAGCGAGGGUCCUGGCCAAGAUCCUUUGGCUAGUCCCCCACAGGAUCCUGUGGAUUCUCUUGGAAAUGCUCUGAACGAGACAGAAAUCGCUUCUCUUUCGCUAGACUCCUCCGUCGAGACACAUUCGCUCUUCUCCCAGAAGAAUCUUCUUCGCCUUGCCGCUCUGACCGAUUCGCAACGGACGCUAUCGCUCUUCACACCUUCCAUCAAUGAGGUCGUCUACCGGGCUUGGACGUCUCCUUCCGACCCCAACGAAUUCCCCUCUAGCGUCGUCUCUCCUCUGAGCCCCGCCCUUUCCCGAACACAUUCUCAAGUCGGGAGCAUGUCAUCGCUCCACGAAACCGCCAGCAACGCGUCUCUGCACAGCCGUCCUUCCGUGGGAGCCCAAUCUUUCAACAGUUACGGCUUGACUCUGGGUGCCGGCCGUCACUCGAAAGCUCAUUCUCGGAGGCGUAAGAGACGUGUGGUGGACAUGCGUCGCCCCAAGACAACCGAUGAUGCCAUGAGUGUGAGCGACGACAGCUCAAUGAGGGAAUCUAGCAGCCCUCCUUCUAUCUACUCCGCUCCUCUGCCCAUUGUCAGCGAACAAGCGGAUGAUCCGGUUACUCCCCCACUGACUGCCGAGGUGGACUCUCUCCUGCCUUCAAUUCCCGAGCGCCACCGGGCGAGCCUCUCUCGACCGAAACAGCGCCAGGGAGCCAAUGAUGUUGGAGACCUCUCAUACUCUAUCGAGACCAUUCGUGCUUCCAGAGCUGAGGAUGUUGAAGCCACUCCUCGUGCGACCUUGCGCGGUAGUUACCCCAAUGAGAAGGCCGAAGCUGGACCUUCCCGGCCACCACUACCCGCCACCGUUCUUCCAUUCAACAAGGACGACACGGCUGAAGAACCCGUCAACAGCCUCUUGGUCGAGCGAUUGGCCGGUGAAAUCGCCCGUCGCAUACGCGAGGAGAAGAUGAUGACCGGCAAUGCUUGCAGCAACUUCUGGUCGCGUGCCCAGGAUGACACUCCUCCCCCGGCCUACGGUCACUAG